AUGGGCGACGAAACACCGGAAAACUUCUGCCUUCUCCAGGGCUUCGAAUGGAAUGUCCCCGCCGACCAAAAACACUACAUCCGCCUGAAGAAGGUGCUGGGGGACCUCAAGAACAUCGGCAUCGACAACGUCUGGCUCCCACCGGCGUGCAAGGGGCAAGGCGGGGCCAAGGCCAACGGCUACGACAUUUAUGACCUGUACGACGUGGGCGAGUUCGAGCAGAAGGGAAGCCGGUCGACGAAAUGGGGUCCGCGCGAGGACCUCGACGCGCUGGCGUCGCACGCCCAGGAACUCGGCGUGGGGCUGUACUUUGACGCGGUGCUCAACCACAAGGCCGGGGCGGACCACCAGGAAAAGUGCCGGGUGGUCGAGGUCGACCAGAGCGACCGGACCAAGGAGAUCGGCGAGCCGUUCGAGAUCUCGGCGUGGCUGGGGUUCGACUUCCCCGGGCGCGGGGACAAGUACUCGUCGCAAAAGUACCACUGGGAGCACUUCUCGGGGACCGACUACGACGCCGGGACGGAGCGGACGGGCAUCUUCCGCAUCCUGGGGGACAACAAGCACUGGUCGCGGUCGGUGGGCGACGAGGCGGGCAACGCCGACUUCCUCAUGUUCGCCGACGUCGACUACUCGCACCCGGAGGUCGAGGCGGACGUGACGCGCUGGGGCGAGUGGGUGGUGCGCGAGUUCAAGCUGAAAGGGUUCCGGUUCGACGCGUGCCAGCACUUCAGCGAGCGCUUCACCAACGAGUUCGUGGCCAACCUCGAGCGGCAGUUUGGUGAAAACGCGCUGUUCCUGGUCGGCGAGUUCUGGUCCGGCGACGUCGGCGAGAUGCUGAGCUACCUCGACGCCAUGCACCACCGCUUCUCCCUGUACGACUCGCCGCUCGUCAACACCUUCUCGCGGCUGUCGACGACCGAGGGCGCCGACCUCCGGCGGGUCUUCGACGGCAGCCUGGUCCAGGCCCGGCCCGAGAGCGCCGUCACCGUCGUCAUGAACCACGACACCCAGCCCGGCCAGACGGUCGACACCCCGAUCGAGGGCUUCUUCAAGCCCAUCGCCUACGCCCUCGUCCUCUUGCGCGCCCAGGGCUACCCCAGCGUCUUCUACGGCGACCUCUACGGCAUCAAGGGCGACCGCGAGGAGCCCCCCUCCUGCGGCGGCCAGCUGCCGCGCCUCGUCCUCGCGAGGAAGCUGUUCGCCUACGGCGAGCAGGACGACUACUUCGACGGCGACCCCGGCAACUGCCUCGGGUUCGUGCGCCGCGGCACCCCCGGCCGCCCCGCCGGGCUGGCGUGCGUGCUGUCCAACGCCGGCCCCGGCCAGAAGAGGAUGUUCGUCGGCCAGGACCACAGGGGCGAGGUCUGGACGGACGUGCUGGCCUGGCAGACUGAUGAGGUCACCAUCGACGACGAGGGCUUCGGAGACUUCAUGUGUCCCGGGACCAGCGUGAGUGUGUGGGUGAACAAGGACGCCCCAGGUCGAGACAAGAUUGACAGUUUGGAUUUCAAUGCUGAUAUUUAUAACAUGGUAUAA